GUCAAAAAUCUCUGUCUAGCAAGCCUGGCAAGGGUUUCAUCGUCUUGACCAUGCUCACACUUAGUCCUGGUUCCGUGUGCGACGUGUGCGCAGAAGAGUACGGUCCGCAUUGCUUGCCCCAUUCCAUUCCCUGUGGCCAUGUUUUGUGUUCAGGCUGUUGCAAUACCAUCGUAGAAAAGACAUCCCCUCGCCUUACGCCCGUCUGUCCUUUCUGUCGCGAACAGUUUACUAGCGACACCGUUCGUUUGAUCCGUAUCGACUUUCCAUCUAAUGCCAGGGCAGCUCCUCGCCGUCGAGGAGUUCCUAUAGAGGCCCAUGACCAGUCUAGUGAUUUUGGAGCACGGAAAGAAGAGCGCUUUCUGUUGAUGGAGGCGAGCUGCUCAAGAGUUCGCGCGGAGGCCCGUAGGCUCGAAGACAAGGUGGCCAAGGUCGCCGCAAAAAAAUGCUCAGUGGAGGAGGUCACCACACUCCACAAGGAACUGCAAGAAUGGUUAACAUCUGAAGUAAAGUCCGAUGAUCAGCUUUCUUCUUUGUCAUUGAGUGCCGCACUGCUCAGGGCUAUCUUGAUGAACCACUUUGCUCAUUCCGAAGCAACUAAAAUGGCUAAAACUACUGAAGCCAACCUCAAAGCUAAGCUCGAUGACGCGGAAAUGGAAGUUUCAAAACUAGAAGCUGAAGUGUCAAAGCAGCGUACGCUUUAUACCCAAAAAGUACAAGAAUGUCAAUCUCUGCGUGCAGAGAUUAGUCGCUUUAAUCUUAAAUCCACCGUUGCUGCCCAUCUACCGGCGCGCCCAAGUUCUGCAGCGCCGAUGAUGGCAGGUGAGCGACGGCAAUCCAUUUCUUCUGCGUCGACGGCAUCGUUGUACGGCGCAAACAAUCAGUCGCCGUUAUCUCGCUUAAAUCCCGUUCACAUGCGAUCGGCCUCUGCGUCCAUGUCUCGCCCAACAACCCCAGCUAUCAGACCGCACACACCUGCGACUGUCCGACCGGAGACGCCUGUGUCACCUCUUUAUCGGGCAACAUCCCCACCCCCUCCGCUACCAUCGAAACCUCGCACUUACUCAAUUUCCUCUCAUGUUUCCCCACAAAAAAUGACUCGUUCCUAUUCUGAUGAGAAGGAAAAAGAGAAGACACACGAGCGCUGGUUACCCUCCGUUGACAUCGCUUACAGUCCUCCUUCGAGCAAAUCAAUGAACUACUCGCUCCCU